GAAUUCGAAACAGGAUUUGAACGUGGCGGUCAAACACGUGAACAUACAAUACUUGUGAAAACAGUUGGUGUUCGUAAUUUGAUUGUUCUUGUUAAUAAAAUGGACGAUCCGACUGUCAAUUGGAAUGAAGCCAGAUAUCGAGAAAUCGAAGGAAAAUUAUCACCAUAUCUCAAAAUGUGUGGUUUCAAGCUCGAGAAAGAUACUAUUUUUAUACCAUGCAGUGGAAUGACUGGGACGAUGCUUAUUGAACAUCCUGAAACAGAAGUCGUGCCUUGGUAUACUGGACCAACUCUUAUCGAAUAUUUGGAUGGAAUUCCAUCGUUCGAUCGGAAUAUUGAUGGCUGUCUUCGAAUGCCUAUUGUUGAACGAUACAAAGAUAUGGGUGUGAUUGUUCUGGGUAAGAUCGAAUCGGGUCAAGUUCAGGUCGGUGAUCGUUGUCUGAUCAUGCCUAAUCGAACACGUGUCGAAGUUGCAAUCAUUGACUACGAUUCAAUUAUAUCCAUAGGUUAUUCAGCUAUACUUCAUCUUUACACUACUGUGGUCAAAGUUGAAUUGAAAAAAUUGAUCUCAUUAAUUGAUCGUAAAACUGGCAACAAGACAAAGCUAUCCGUGCCUUUUAUCAAGCAAAAUCAAACAGCUAUUGUUCGUUUCGAAUUAUCGGAACCGAAUGCUGAGAUUUGCAUUGAAACUUAUAAAGAUUUUCCUAAAUUCGGCCGAUUUAUCUUGCGCGAAGAUGAUCGUACUAUUGCUAUUGGUAAUGUUCUCAAAAUUAAUCCGUAA